CUUCCACCUCUUCCACCUCUUGCCCUCUCCGCCACCGCUCGGCGCACUUCCUCGACGGCCGGCGAGUCACUCUGGCUCGUCGAGACUUGGCUUCGGAGCAGCUACCUUGGCAACAUCCAUGCCGGCGCCGCUGCUGCGUGUGCUCUCGACGCCGCUGGCGCGCAUCUGUCCCGCCACGCUCAUGCCGUUGCCACGCGCCGCUCGCGGCCAUGCGGCCGAGGAUCCCAUCGAGCUUCUCUCCAGCAGCGCCUCAUCUUCCUCCUCCUCUUGCGGCGCCUCCUCACCACGUCUGUCGCCCGCCUGCGCGCCGCGGCCGCCUGCGAAGCGGCGUGCGCGCUUCGAGGGCCUCAAGGCCAGCGUCAGCGCCGAGGCGGCGCAGGCUCACAGUGACAGGCUCGAGCGCGAGCGGUUGGCCUGGGUGCAACUUACGGCGAGCACGUCGCGACCCCGAGUCCACAGCGAUGAGGACGAUGUUGCGGCAGCGCACCGCGCGGCCAAAGGGAAGGGCAAGGCUCGCGCGCAGCCGGCGCCUCGUACUGCCUCGGCGCGCACCCGCAAGGAAGCGAGCAGCAGCAGCAGCUUGAAGGCUCCUGCACGACCGCGAGCCGAUGGCGCAGCCAAAAGAGGAGGCCGGCAACAGAGCUCAAGGAGCGUGGGCACCUCGGCGGCACAGCGCGCGCGCUUCCACGAGGUGGAGCGCACUCGGCUCGAGACAGGACUCAAGACCUUCACGAUGGAGACGUGUGCGCCAUACAUGGGCGGUCGCAAGCCGGCAGUGGCGGUGACGGCGUGUCCCAUCGAAGCGGCCGAGCUGUUGGCGUGCGUCCCGCGCGGCGUGCCGCUGUCCGUCGACGCCGAGUGGCCCUUCGAUCAGCGCACGUACAAGACCGGCAAGCUCUCGCUGCUGCAAAUUGCGAGUCCAGGCAUGGUGCUGCUGCUGCAGAUCGGUCGGAUGGGCUGCGUUCCUGACGGGCUGCGCGAGCUCAUGGCCGACGAGUCGAGCUGGAAGUACGGCGUUGCCAUCUCUGGAGACGCACACAAGCUCUACAAAGACUGGGGCGUGCCGUCGCGCUCGCUGCUCGAGCUCUCCACCGUCGCCAAGCUGGCCGAUCCGGAGCGAUGGGCCGGUCGGCAUUGGAUGAUCGCCCUGCGCGAUCUGACGCGCAUCUACGUACAGCGCCGCCUGAUCAAGGAGGACAGCGUGCGAUCCAGCAACUGGUCGCUGAUGCAUCUCGAAGAUCGACAGGUCGAGUACGCUGCGUGCGACGUCGUUGCUGGGACUGCGAUCAUGCGAGAGCUCGUGCCUCGUCUCGACGCAUUGCUGAAGAAGCGCCACGAGGAAGCGACCGCUGCGAGCACGGCAGCGGGCUGGUUCCGGGCGGCGCCACCUUCAAGCGACGUCAAGGCUCAGAUCGUCGCGCCUCCCGCUGCAGACCCUUCGCUGCACAUGUCUGACGACGUUAGGGCGCUUCUGCAGGCGCAGCUCACCCACGUCGGACCGGCAGUCGGGCAACCACCGAUUCAGCCUCCCACGACGCGCGGUCUCAUCGAGAGACAGGCGCAGAGCCAGCAAGCGCUUCGCGACGUCGAGCGAGCUUCAUCCUUCGGCAGCGCAGCUCGCACCAGCACCGCACUCGACUCGACGACGGCGGCAGCACUGGCGGCAGCGGCCGCCGCUGCGGCAUCAGCUGCUGCAGCUGCUGCAUCGGCGGCUGCGGCGGCUGCUGCCGCGUUGCAGCGGACGAUGAACGACGAAGCCGCGUUGCUCGAUGCAGCGCGAAUGAGCGACAAGCUGUGCGACGAUAUGGAAGCUGCGGCACGUCGACACGAAAUUAGCAACGUUGCUGCCCAGGCACGCAGCACUACCGGGACGCCAGGCGCCGGGAGAACGACCAGGGGUCGCGCGUCUGCUCGCCCGACCGUCAGAACUUCUGCCGUCCGUACCGCCAAGACCUCGAACUCUGCGCACAAAGCUGCGCAGAAGUCGGAAGCCGUUCCCGACGCUGAGCAGCCAGUCGCCACAGACUUGGCGUCGCCAGGAACAGCUUCGCAGGUCGCUCAUCCUUCUGAGUCGCCUCGUAAAGCCGAAGUGGACAAGCUCCGCGCGCUCUGGAAGCCUAUGAACGAGACUGGUCUGACGGUCACGCGAGGCGCAGGGGAGACGCGGCAAUGUGCAAGCCUGAGCGACUAUGCCUUCGCCCUCUUCCGCAGGGGAGCGCCAUACUCCGCUCUUUAUGCAUGUGCGCCCGAAGAUAAAGGAUCGGACUUCACGAGGACCGUAAUUGCAGGCGGCUUUGCGCGGCUCAAAAGCGAAGAGGUCACCGAAGAACUGCACUGCCGCAUGGUGGAGCUCCUGAGCAUGCCUGACGACACCCGUUCUGCGUAUACGGCCGGCUCCAGAGUCUUGAGAUCUCUACGACAAACAGUACUUUCGCUCAACGCUUUCAACGUCGACCACGCUCGCAGGGCCCUACGAGACGCAAUCAAGCUGACGAAUGACGGCGGGAGAGCUUUUGUGCCCCGUAGUCCCCGCAGCUCGCAGAGAAGGCGACGUCACCAGCGGCGGCUUGGAAGGCUGGAACGGCUACUGGAGGCAGGCCUCCCUGUGACGCACUCGAGCAUGGGAUCAGCCGCAAGCUCGGUUGAGAGCUCAGAUGAGAGCUCGAAUGCGAGUGCCUCGCGCGAGGAGGAGGAGGAGGAGGCGGAGGAGGAGGAGGUGGAGGACAGGGAUGACGAGAAGCGUGAGGUGGAGGGCAAGAACGAGAGCGACAACGAGGAGAAAGACAAUGAGGCAGUCACGGCCGAGAGCAAGUAAGGCGUCCUGUAGCGUUAUACCCCGGCAGGGUUUGCCAGCACAUCGCAAUAGCAAACGCUCCAUGU